GACUGGAGUCUACCUUCAAACACCACGCAACUUUAGAAUCGCCAAGAUGACAUUUUCCGUGCUCGAAUGGAUUGCCACUGUAAUGUUAUCACUGAUUGCAUUAAAAUUUACCUGGAAUGUUUGCCACUUUGUUUUUACUACGUUUCUUGGUUCCUGGCUCAAAUUGAAUUUAAAUCUGAUGGAUUACGGACCCUGGGCAGUUGUCACGGGAGCCACAGACGGAAUCGGCAAAGCAUAUGCACACAAGUUGGCCUCAAUAGGACUUGAUGUUGUCCUCAUAAGUCGUUCACCGUCUAAGCUUCAGGCAACAGCCAAAGAAAUAAAAACUCUCUACCCAUUCGUCCAUAUUAAAACAGUGGCCAUUGACUUUACGGGAGACCGUUCGAUAUAUAAGGCCAUUGACUUGGAACUGGCGGACGUGGACAUUGGUAUUUUAAUCAACAAUGUCGGCAUGAAUAAUGGCUUUUGCCAACCAUUCACUGAUUUAGAAGAUGCAAAUAUUUUGGACGAUCUUAUUCAUUGCAACGUAUCAUCGAUGGCACGUAUGACCCACAUGAUCUUACCGCGGAUGAUUCGUAAAAGUCGAGGUGUUAUCAUUAAUAUUGGAUCAAUUUCCGGGGCUUUUGCUACGCCUCUGGCUACGGUUUAUGCCGCCACCAAAGCAUUUGUCGACAAAUUCUCACGUGAUCUUACGGCUGAACUUUCCGGCACUGGAGUUUUAGUUCAAACGGUAUUGCCCGGUUACGUGAUGACAAAUAUGCUUAGUGUCACUUCGUUUAGUAAAUCAUCUUGGACAGUUCCUAAUCCGCAAGACUUCGUUGAAGCCAAUUUCCGAACACUUGGGUUAGAGUCACGCACUGCUUCAUUUUGGUACCACAAACUAAUGCUUUCCUUUUGCGAGACGACAUGCUUCCUUUUCCCUGACAUCUUUACUUUCUUUGCACGGAAACACUUCGAAGCCUUGAAGUCGGUCAAUGGCCCGUUGAAGUCGCUUGCCUUCCCAAAGUAGUAUAUACCUACCUGUUGCCGGUUGCAAACGUGCACCGUAUGCUUCUGUACGUACGAAUGGAAAAGGAAACCCAAUUUUCUUACCAGUUGUAUCACUAUUAUUUAUCACUGCUCUAAUUCCUUGUUACUCUGAUUAUGGUUCAAAUAUUGUUUGUUUGUCGCUUCAUUUCAUAAAAAGUUACGUCUUGGUAGGUUUAAGUGGUUCCCUCUUUCAUUGCCUACUACUGCAGCUAUUGUUUCAAUUUCGAUGUUUCCCAUACACUGAAAAUGAAAAUGUU